UAUAGAAUGUGUCAGAAUGACGGAGGAAAUAAAACAACAAAGUUCAUAUAAACUCUUGGUGGCUGCCAUUGACUUUGGUACAACCUAUUCUGGCUAUGCCUAUUCUUUCAAGGACACCUGGGCAAAAGUUGUGACAAAUAAGUGGCCCAGUGGGAACCUGAUGUCUCACAAAGCCCCGACAGCUCUCCUCUUAAACCCAGACCAGACGUUUAAUUCAUUUGGAUACGAAGCAGAGAAAAAUUACUCUGAUCUUGCUGAAGAUGGAGAUGAAUGUGAAGACUAUUACUUUUUCCACAGAUUUAAGAUGAUUUUGAAAACAGAAUUAGAGAAGAGAGUCAAUAGGAAAACAAAGUGCAUUGAUGAAAACAAAAAGGAGCUGGACGCCAUUGUGGUUUUCACCCACUGCAUACGAUAUUUGAAAGAUCAUCUUCUUGAACAAAUAAAUAAAACCCUUCUAACAAAAUCUGAGACAAAAAUUGAAGUAAAAGAUAUAACUUUUGUCAUCACUGUACCAGCAAUAUGGGAUGAUACCGCCAAAAUGUUCAUGAGAAAAGCUGCAGAAGCGGCCGAAAUUCCGAGUGAUCAGUUGCUUCUAGCACUGGAACCAGAGGCUGCAUCUAUUUAUUGCCAACAUAUGCAUUUGGAAAAUCCAGAUAAUACGAGGAAAAAGGAAAGCAUAAACUCUAAGUACAUGGUCCUCGACAUUGGAGGUGGAACAGCGGAUAUUACAAUACACCAGCUGGAAAAUCAAAAAUUAGUGGAACUAAUUCCAGCAACGGGCGGGGAAUGGGGAGGCACUUGUGUAGAUAAAGCGUUCCACAAAUUUCUGGAGAACAUUUUGGGAGAAAAGGUCAUGAAAAGAUUUUCGUCGGAAUUGGAAUACAAAGAUGACUAUUUCACAUUCUGGCAGGGGUUUGAGACCAAGAAAAGGAACAAAAUAGGAACAGCUGUCAGUGACACUGUUCAUAUAAGACUUCCCUUGGGAUUAGAGGAUAUUGUUAAAGAAGUAUUUAACUAUAAGCAAUUGAAAAGGAAUGAGCCAAUAAAACGAUGUAUUGAAAAGUCUAAAUACAAUGGCAAGAUAGAAUACAAAGAUGGAGUGAUAUGGAUGCCGUCUGCAAUUUUCAAAGAAAUGUUUUAUCCAACGAUUAGAAACAUCACAACUCAUUUGGAAGGUCUUUUCAAAAAAGAAAGUGGUAAAGAUGUCAACAUACUUUUAAUGGUUGGUGGAUUUGCUGAUAAUGAGUUAUUGCAGUCUGAAAUGAAAAAAACGUUUCGGGGAAAGCGUUUGGUUAUACCUGAGCAAGCAGAUCUGGCUGUUUUGAAGGGGGCGGUAUAUUUUGGUCAUAUUCCAGACGCCAUUUCUAAACGGGUUGCUAGGUAUACCUAUGGUAUUCAAACCUGGCCGAAAUUCGAUCGAAGUAGACACGAUGUAAAGAAAAAAGAGAUGGUUUCGGGAGAAGAAAGGUGUAGAGAUGUCUUUUUGAAAUUUAUUUCCAAAGGAGACCCUAUUGAACCAGGUUUGGGGAAGUCAUACAUUUUCCAAUCACUGCAAAAUGAAAAGAGGAAAUUAGAGUGUGGGGUAUUUGUAUCAAAUUCUGAAAACCCUACAUACAUUGAUGAAAAAGGGUGCUGCAAAUUAGGAACAUUAGAAAUUCCAAUCGGUGAUCGAAGUGAAACAUGUGAGAUUGAAGAAUCAAUCAUUUUCGGAGAAACUGAAAUUCGUGUAAAAGCCUGUAACUUUGCGACUGGAGAGCGGUACGAAGUGAAGUUCGAUUUGCUGGCUGAGAAAAUUGAAAUGCCUGAUAGCAGGACUUGGAGUGUGCACUAAUUUUUUUUUUCUUAAAAAAAUCCGCUCUCUUAUCCCCUUUGAAGAUAGAUAAUACCGGUAUCGUGUCAAAAUGUUCAAUGAGUCCUUAAUUAAAAGUAUAUUGUUUAUUUAAACUUAGCCGACAAAUCUACAAAAAUUAGCCCUGCUCAAAACAU